AAACAUUCAUAUUCUAUACUUUCUCUCUCUAGAAUAUUCAUAUGAACUAGGGUUUCCGCCUCUAGUUUUUUUCUUUGAUUCUUUCGUACUUUCUCUAAGUUUAUAUGGUAUUAGAGCACAGAUCCGGAUGGAUCUUGCUAUUCUCUAUCGAGCGGUGUUACCCGCAGCUCAUUUUGUUGAUUUUUUCCUCUUGGAUUUCAUCGAUUUCGUUGAUUUUUGUUUGGUUUGUGGUUGUUUGAGCACAGAUUCUGAAAGAUAAAAUCAUUUCGAGUUGAGCGGUGUUAACCUCGUUCAAUUCUGUUGAGAUUUGGGUUUUUUUUUGGUUUACAUUGUUGAUUUGUUCGAGUUAGGGUUUGUUGAUUUCACACAUUUUCGAUGAGUUUUGCUGAGAUUCUGUUGAUCUGUUCAAGUUAGGGUUUGUUGAUUUCACACGAUUGCAGCGAAUUUUGAGUUUUUUUUUUUUUUUUGAGAUUUGUUCUUUGUAUAAGCAAGACUCUGCUUCUUCGAGUUUGAAGAGGGACGGUAACAUCACUCUUUCUCUGAAAAUUAGUUUUUUUUUUUUUGUAGUGUUUGUCUGCUUUAACAUCAUGUCUUCAACUACAAUCACCAAUACUCAUCCCCUGUAUCUUCAUCCCUCCGACUACCCAGGUAUGACUCUUGUCACCACGCCUUUCAACGGCACUGGUUAUGGUAGUUGGAGGAGGGGAAUGUUAAUUUCUCUAUCUGCUAAAAGAAAAUUAGGAUUUAUAAAUGGUACAAUAGUUAAACCAGCUGAAACUGAUCCUACCUUUGAUAAUUGGGUCAUGUGCAAUGAUAUGGUCAUUGCGUGGAUCCUCAAUAGCUUGGACAAAGAAAUUGCAGAAACUGUUAUACACACUGAAACUGCUGGGGAUAUUUGGAAAGAAAUUGAAAAGAGAUAUGGUCAGGCCAGUGGAACUAAGGUCUUUCAAAUACGAAAAGAUAUUUCCUCCAUUUCUCAGGGUUCUUCUAGUAUAGCUUCGUAUUUUAAUAGAAUCAAAAAGUUAUGGGAUGAAUUGACUAUUUCCAUUGAUUAUCCACCUUGUACUUGUGCGUGUAAGGAAGAAUGGGUUAAACUAGAAGGAGACCAAAGAGUUUAUCAGUUCCUUGCUGGUCUUAAUGAGUCCUAUAGUGGUAUUAGGAGAAGUAUUUUAAUGAUGAAACCACUGCCAGAUUUAGACAGUGUGUAUUCCAUGCUUAUCCAUGAUGAGCAACAGUCUGAACUACAAGCCUCUUUGCCUUCCUUUGCCUCUGAAUCUACAUCCUUUUCUGCUGGAGCACAAAGAUAUCCUCAAAGGGUGAAUUUUGAACCCAAACGACCUAAUUUCCCUACCAACAACAUGUCCAACAAUACAUCUAGUUUGUUCUGCAAGUAUUGCAAGAGAACAGGACAUGUCAUUGACAAAUGCCAUAGACUCCAUGGCUACCCUCCAAAUUUUCAAUUCACCAAAGGGAAAAAGGGUUCUGCUGCUUGUGUUCAAGGUGUAGAUUUUUCUUCUCCUGCUGAAUCAUCCGGUUCUCAUGUCACUGUUACAAAAUCUGAGGAUCCCUUCCAUGGUUUUAGCAAAGAACAACAUGAUCACAUCAUCAAUCUGUUUCAUCAAAAUAAGCUGCAGGACACUGGUCUUUGUGCAUCUGCUUCUGCUAACUUUGCAGGGCCAUUCUCUGAAGAGGCCACUGGAAGUUGGUAAACUCUCCAAUGGACUCUAUGUUCUUCAGCUGAAUGACUCUUCCUCAUGCAACUCAACCAUCACUUCCUGUCCGGCUGAAUCUACUGUACUUGUUAACAAUGCAUCUUCCAUUUGUGUUGACUCUAAUUCUCCUGCUGUAGUUCCUACUGUUACUAGUACUUCAAUUUCUCCUGUUAGUUUUCCUGUUUCUGUUCCCUGUAAUGUUCCUAGUUCCACAGUUUCUUAUGUUAGUUCUCCUGUUUCCAUCCCUUGUACUGCUUCCAUUCCUUGUAAUGUUUCCAGUACUUCCAUUACUUCAAAUUCUAAGCACAUUUCCAAUGAA